AUGUCGAUCUACAUGUCGCAUCGCCCCAGGCCAGAUUACCUGUUCUCUCAGCUCACUCAUUUCCAUCUUGCCGUGGAUCUUACAGAGCCAACACUUUGUCAUUUCGCCUCGAUCCUGCCAGUACUACCCCUCAUUCACUUCGGCACGGAUCAGCGGCCCCAGAGCCUCUUGAAGUAUGUCGACUUCAACACGUUACAUUCUAUUAGUCUUUUCCGCAUGGACGAGGGUUACCUCCAGCCUAUGUUCGAUAACCUGUUGUCGGGCAGUCAUCCCUGUCAACUCGAGAAACUGUUCCUAGGCGGUAUGACCGGAAUUGAGGGUCUUCCAGGGGGUUUGAAGGCCUUACCUCUGAAGGGGCUACGCAUGAUCGGUCUACCACUGGAAGCUCUGGAUAGCACAUUUCGGUGUCUCAAUUUGUCCAAGCUCACUCCCCUUAGCAUCUUACAUGCGCACUACGAUUGGUCGACAGAGACACUUCUUGGCUCCAGGACCAACGAGUUCACCGAGCAGUUUUGUAUGCACUUGGAAAAAGCCAGCGAAGUGCUCGAAGAGUUUGGCAUGAUGAAAGAUAUCGUCGAAAGGGUCAAAAGGAGGCAUGUACAGUGA